GCAUCUUUUUGAUUGCCAUCACCUCUUCCUCUGCUUCUGCCGUUGUUCCUGGUGUUCAAAUUAUCAAACCAGACGCGGGAAGCAAAUACAAAGCUGGCGAUAAAAUCACUAUUACCUUCUGCUCUGAUCCUAGCUUCACUAAAAUCGAUAAUAUAACCCUUUAUAAUGGCUAUUUCUCUUCAGUACAAACCUUUGAAUUAAAUGUCACAUUAGCACCAAAAAAGCCUUGCCAUUCACUCACUUAUAAGCUUUCAAAAAACCUCAAGCCUGAUGCUCAAUACAACAUUGCCAUAAUUACAGACGAUAAGUUUGUAGCCAGCAGUGCAACCUUUUUUAUCGGUAACCCCAAAUUCGGGUUAGUUAUUACCUCACCAGAUUGUAACGUCAAAGCACAGUGUGGUAAAAGUAUCGCUGUCAAAUGGGAAAAUCCAUUUAACUUAUAUAAAGGUCUUAAAUUUGAUGUUUUCUUUCUGAGUGUAUCUGGGGGAGAAGGUUUUUCUGAAUUUGCUCCCGCUGCGAACGAUGUUCCGGUUUCGCCAGGAUAUAAAACUGUUACAAUUCCUAAACCUGGGGGGAAUGUUACCAAUAGUAGAGGCUAUAAUGUUGUUUUUGCUCUUACGCGCCCUAACAAACCUCAAGAGAUAUAUAUUUCAGAUGCUUUUAGCAUUACUCACUGCUAA